UGGGGUAUGUACAGCAGACGAAGGAGGAGAAGCCUGGAUGCGUACCUAUACAGAAGCCAUCUUGGCCAUCUGCUCUAACUGCUCCGAAAUAAGUCUCCGAAAUCGCUCCGAAAUUCGUUUUUAAAAUCGUGCUGUGUACUUAAUAGGUUUCUUAGUGAACUCGGGCUCCGUACUGUAGUCGUUGGAUAUUCAGAACGAAAUAACAAGUUGUUCACAAUGUUCUCUGUCUGUGAUCGCGUGAUUUUUGCGUAGUUUGUGAAACUUGUACGAGUACAAGAAUUUUCUGCAGCGUAGAACAAUGGCACCACGUCCAGGAAGAACACGUGUAUGGAAUCGAAUGUCCAAUAUACAAAUGGAGACCUUGAUCACCUAUAUGGAACAGCACACGUUGUUUGCAAGGGGACAAAUUCCUAAGCUUGGAUCUCAAGGUCAGGUUAAGUACAGAAAGAUGUGGAUGGAAUUAUGUACAACAUUGAAUGGAAUGGGACCUUGCAUAACUGACGUCAAGGGAUGGCAGGAGAAAUGGACUCGAAUGCGACUAUCAGCCAAAUCUCAAAAGACGCAAUUCAAUAGAGCAUGGAAUAAGACUGGCCAUGAUGAGCAAACUAUUGUCUUAAGUUCAAACAAUGAAAGGAUUUCAGGCAUUUUUGGUAAAUAUGGAAGUGGUGUUAAUAUUGGACGAGAGCUAGGGUUCUCUAAGUGUACGUGGGUACGGAAGACAUCUCAAGAAGCACCUACAUGUCCACGUACAUGUGAUGAUGAGCUUGAUUGGCUUGAAGACUUUCAUUCAGUUUGCUUUCGAGUUUCUCCAAUUUUUCAAGAAAUUCCAAAGCACAUGGAAUAUUUCAUGAAGAUUUUUGAUGAAAAUCGUUGUUCAUCUAUUUUUCUUGCAAUGCAAAGGAAAAAGGGAAAGGGGAAGCAACCCAUCCAAAAACCCAGCCUCUCACAAAUGCUAGCUCUCGUAGACGUGAUCGAGCGGCACCUGGAGAUCGUCUUGGAUCAUCCUGGCGAUGAUACGAACCACGCUACCUGGGAGGUUGUGGCACUUUUUGCUAAUAAAGCAGACGAAGACGGCGUUCAAAAAAAUGGAAAGUCAUGGAGAAAGACUUGGUGCGAUCUCAUACUGUCAGCAAAGCAGAAUGUUUAUUUGGUUGAACAGAAUAUACGGCAAAAUCCAUUGCCAGAUCACCACAUGAAGGCGAUACAAAUUGUGACAAGAGCAGAGCAAGUAAAAUCUUUCUCAGCGAGACGCACUCAAGUACAGCAAAAUAAUGCUGUUGUCAGUCGAAGACUUUCUUCUUCUUCAGCGCUCAAGAGAGCAAGGAUGGAAGGCAAUCCUGCAGGAUUUGGAGACGAAGAUGGGCCAUCAACCAGCAGUGGAUACAGAAGUGCUACAAGUUACGUCAAUCGACAUUUGCCAACUGCAGCUUUGCCAACUGCAGCUCAACCGUCAUCACCUUGGAGUACAAAUAACGCUGGAACCACAACUGCUACCACAACUUCCAGCUCUAACAUGUGUUCUAAUUCAACUGCAGGCACAACAGCUGCAGCUGAAAAAAGUAGUGCUUUUAUCAAAGCUUUUGACUCAAAAAUAAAGGAGUUGGUUGAUGUAUUAGCAGCACAGUUUAUAUCCUGUUUCGAGCAGCAGAAUGUGCUUUUGCAAAAUUGCUUUGCGAAGCAGAAUGAACUGCUCUUGAAAAUACAAACCAAUGAUUUGGUUAAUGAUGCAGCACAAGAUGAUGAAGAUGAAGUGCCACUUCCGGAUAACCCACAACCUUCGUCUCCUAGAAAUGCUCCUGUAGUCGAAGAGGAAACUGAAGAAACUGAAUAUACGGCAAGUGGAACAGUUGAAUCUUUUUUAGAAGAUCAUGGUGAUGAUGAUGGUUUCAUCUAUGAAACUUUAGAUAAUGAUUUUUAUUAAAUUCAAGAGAAAUGCCCGAUAUGCCUGGAUGUAUUGACCAGACCAGCCAUCAUACCAAGAUGUGCCCAUGUGUUCUGCUAUGAAUGCAUUUACGAGUGGGUCGAUAAGGAGCUUGAGUGCCCAUUGUGCAGAAUAAUAAUUAAUACUUUUGAUAUUGCUGAGUUGCCAUAGCCUCACUUUAAUAGUUUUAUUGUAACCUACAUUUUCGCAUUUUUGUAUUACGUUUUCUAAUAAUACUUUAUAAUUACAUUUAUAAAACUACCUAUUUUUGUACUUUUUGUAAGUUUUGUAAAAAAAAUCAAUAAAGAGUGAAUUGACUUGA